AUGGAGAUUUGCAAUACUUACAACAACGUCACAGGUAGAGGUGAAGGCAGAGGGAAGGCCCCAACAAGGCUACAACAGCAUGCCCCGGCAUGUCUUCAGCUUGAUCAAACGGCAGGCACAGCCUCUACCAACCCUUUAUUGGACGACGCUUCAAUGGCAAUCCCAUUACUAUCACCAGUCCUCAUUCUAUCCCCACAACCAAUGCCAGAGUCGAGCGAAAAAAGCGGUGAUCAGAACGUAAGAAGUAUUGCCCCGCCUUUUUCGGCUGCAGGCGGGUGGCAACACCCGGCUGUGGCACCUUUUACGGAUCCCUCAUCGUUGUUUGCCGUCUUUCAAUCCCAGUGCAUGAUUGCGAACCAAGCGCAAUGA